UUUCACGUUUAGUUUGAUCACGUUAACUGCGGUCACAAGUUCGGACAUGUUUCAAACGGUGGAAGACGCCAACCAUAAUAUCUACUGUUUGUCGUGAAACCCGACACAAAUGGGCGUCAAGUAUUUUUACUCGCUGUCCGCGGUCGCUUGUUUCACGGUGGUAUGCGUCAGUUGCGAUUUGUCGUCGUCGGUCGAAGAGGAAACGGCGGCCGCGUCUUAUGAGGACACGAAAAGGUCGCUGUUCGGCGAUGAUAGCGCACUGGAGGCGACGCAUGUGGGCAGCAGAUCUAACCAGCCACUGAAGCGGUUCAUUGUGCCGAUCAGUACUUCGGACCUGGGCCUCGAGACUUCCAGCUCAAGACCAUACUUCAUGCACCAACACGUGCAGCACCACAAACACCCUCGAAACCAACAGCAACAGCAACACCAUCACCACUAUAACCAACACCCACAGCACCAACAGUCGCCGCAGUAUCAUCAGCAACACCAACAGCCGCAACAGCAACAGCAAAUGCCGCAGUCACAGCAACAGCAUCAUUCACAUCAGUACCAUCACCAAGGCCGGGGACAGGCGGCUGUCGAUCACUUCGGAUUCGGGCCUUCGUCUACGGGCAGCACUGGCGGUGGCGGUGGUGGUUAUAACACAGAUCAGUCAGACGGCUUUUACCAGUCGUUGAGCGGUGGAGGUGGUGGUGGAGGCGGUGGUGGAGGUGGUGGUGGUGAGAACAUAAACUUCGAUACGACUGGUUUCACAGACUUUGUGCCUUCCUCCGAGUUCCGGUCCACCAGUUCGCCGGCCAUACAGUCUUCUUCGUCGCCGUUCUCGUCUUCGCCGCCACACCAGCAAUCGUCGUCACCUUUUACCGAGUCGGCGGCGCCAUUCCAUCACUCGUCGACAUUUGACGGCGGUUCGAGUGGCGGUCAGUUGCAACACAUGACGCCGUCGUUUGAUCCUACAGGUUUCGGUCACGAAGCCUCUCUGGCUGGUUAUGGAGGCAGUGGUGGCGGCGGUGGUGGCGGUGGUGGCGGCGGUGGCGGAUCUUCGGCUUAUGGUUCGGGUGGUUACGAUUAUGCACCGCACCACCAGGCGCCCGUCAUACACAAGUCAAUAUACGUGCACGUUGCACCACCCGACGACGAACCGCCACGUAAGCAGCGCGUCAUCCUGCCUAACGUGCCACCCAAGAAGAACUAUCAGAUCGUGUUCAUCAAGUCACCCACUCCGCCGUCAAUCACCGCACCAAUUAUACCACCGCCGCCGCCCCAGCCGGCCGACAAGACGCUCAUCUACGUGCUGCAUCCCAAGCAGGAAGAGGCGCCGCCCAUACAUAUACCGCCACCGCCAGUCACGCAGCCGCUUAAGCCCGAAGUAUACUUCAUCAAGUACAAGAACCGCGAAGAGUCACACGGCGGUGGAGGUGGUGAUUACGGGGCCGAACAUGGGGGUGGUGGUGUGGGUGGCAUUCUGCCGUCGCCGGGCGAAGAAUUUGGUGGCGGUGGUGGCGGAGGUGACUCUUCCGGUUACGUGCACCGGAGGUAUGGACGGGGAGACCUCCAAACGUCUACGCCGCCAUCGGCCGCCACGGCCUCCAACGUCCACACAGACGGCACCACUACCGCUGAUGUAACCUCCACCGAACACUACGAAGACGGUGACGGUAUGACACCGGAACAACGGGAAAUGAUCGAGGCCGAGACGACUUCCGCGGCCGCCACCGCCGGGUCGUUCACUUCCACGGCGGCAGACUUGGACCCCGAGACGUCCGACGAAAACGUCGACGAACUGAUGCUCCGGGGCGGCUAUAGUACAGAGUACAACGACGCGUCUGUUGACAGUACGAAUCUAAGCGAGACCCACGUCCAGUUGUCUACCACCGCACCCAAAGGCAAAAACGGCCAUUGAUGUAUACUUUAUUAUAUUAUUUUAGUUUAUUCGCGUAACUGCGUAUACCGUAGAUUAGGCUAUAAUGAUUAAAUAAUAAAAAUAAUAUGUCAUGUAUAAAAUAUACAUAAAAAAAGAUAUAUAAUAUGCGUUAUUAUAAUCGUUAAGUCCAGAAAGCAGGUAUUUUAUAUAUAGGUAGUAUAAGUUUUCUGUA